UCAACGAGCUUCUGGUGAUCUCUCCCCGUCUCUCUCUCUCACUCUCUCUCUCCCCCCCCCACCCCCUCUCUGUCCGUGCCUGCUGUGAGCAGUCAACAGCAGCAGUAGCUCGCCAUUUCAGUCCGUCUCUCUGCCUCCGGAGGAAGAGAAAGAGUACUCUCGCCGCCGCCGAAGAUGACCGUCAUGACUCCCGCGCCUGCGGAUCAACAGGAGGACGUUGAGAUGCUCGUUCCGCAAUCGGACGUGGCAGUGGAAAACAAUGAUCAGCCUCAGUCCAUGGAAGUUGCAGCACCAGCUGAAGCUGCUAGUACAGCGGAUAAUCAGGUCACCGAGGAUCCUCAACCUUCGAGGUUCACAUGGAGAAUUGGCAACUUCUCCAGGAUAAAUUCGAAGAGGAUAUACUCGGAACCUUUUGUGGUUGGUGGUUAUAGAUGGCGGGUGCUUAUUUUUCCUAAAGGCAACAACGUGGAGUCCUUGUCCAUGUAUUUGGAUGUUGCUGAUGCCCCUACCUUGCCAUAUGGCUGGAGCAGAUAUGCGCAGUUUACCUUAGCGGUGAUAAAUCAAAUUAACAACAAGUAUACUGUGAGGAAAGAUACACAACACCAGUUCAAUGCCCGAGAGAGUGAUUGGGGUUUCACAUCCUUUAUGCCUCUUAGUGAAUUAUAUGAUCCUUGUAGAGGUUAUCUUGUACAUGACUCUAUCAUAGUUGAAGCUGAGGUCGUUGUCCGGAAAGUCGUAGAUUACUUUAUGUACGACUCAAAAAAGGAGACUGGCUAUGUUGGUCUUAAGAACCAAGGAGCGACUUGCUAUAUGAACUCUCUUCUCCAGACGUUGUAUCAUAUCCCAUACUUUAGAAAGGCUGUAUACCAUAUGCCCACUACCGAAAACGAUAUGCCAUCAUCUAUAAGCAUCCCUCUGGCUCUUCAGAGUUUGUUCUACAAGCUCCAGUACAGUGACAGCAGUGUAGCCACAAAAGAGUUGACCAAGUCUUUUGGGUGGGAUACAUAUGAUUCUUUCAUGCAGCAUGAUGUGCAGGAACUCAAUAGGGUCCUCUGUGAAAAACUUGAAGAUAAAAUGAAGGGGACAGUUGUGGAGGGAACAAUACAGAAGUUGUUUGAAGGGCAUCACAUGAAUUACAUCGAAUGUGUCAAUGUAGACUACAAGUCUACAAGGAAGGAAUCAUUUUAUGACCUUCAGCUUGAUGUAAAGGGUUGUCGUGAUAUAUAUGCUUCCUUUGAUAAAUAUGUUGAGGUUGAAUGCCUUGAGGGUGAUAACAAGUACCAGUCCGAGCAACAUGGUCUGCAGGAAGCUAAGAAAGGUGUAUUAUUCAUCGACUUUCCUCCUGUCCUUCAGCUUCAGCUGAAGCGCUUUGAAUAUGAUUUUGCGCGAGACACUAUGGUGAAGAUUAAUGAUCGGUACGAGUUUCCGCUACAACUUGACCUUGACCGUGAUGAUGGCAAAUAUUUAUCUCCCGAAGCAGAUCGGAGUGUUCGUAAUCUGUACACUCUUCACAGUGUUCUCGUUCAUAGUGGCGGGGUCCAUGGGGGACAUUAUUAUGCAUAUAUCAGGCCUACUCUCUCUGAUCAGUGGUAUAAGUUCGAUGAUGAGAGGGUGACAAAGGAGGACACUAAGAGGGCUCUUGAGGAGCAGUAUGGUGGUGAGGAAGAGUUGCAGCCAGCAAACCCUGGAUUCAACAACACACCCUUUAAGUUUACCAAAUACUCUAAUGCAUACAUGCUGGUAUAUGUACGUGAAAGUGACAAGGACAAAAUAAUCUGUAAUGUGGACGAGACGGAUAUUGCAGAACAUCUUAGGGAGAGAUUGAAGAAAGAACAAGAGGAGAAAGAGCAUAAGAAGAAGGAGAAGGCAGAAGCACACCUAUAUACUAUCGUAAAGGUUGCCAGAGAUGUGGAUCUUGCAGAACAAAUUGGUCGGGAUAUUUAUUUUGACCUUGUGGACCAUGAAAAAGUUAAGGUGUUUCGUGUUCAGAAGCAGAUGCCUUUUAGCGUUUUCAAGGAAGAGAUAGCGAAGGUGUUUGGGAUUCCAGUGCAAUGUCAACGUUUCUGGCUUUGGGCAAAGCGUCAGAACCAUACAUAUCGCCCCAAUCGGCCAUUGACACAAUCAGAGGAAUUACAAGCUGUUGGGCACCUGAGGGAAUUGUCGAAUAAGGCUAACAUUGCAGAAUUGAAGUUGUUUUUGGAAGUAGAAAUAGGACCGGACUUGCAACCAGUUGCACCACCUGACAAGACAAAGGAAGAUAUUCUGUUAUUUUUUAAGCUUUAUGAUCCAGAGAGGGAGGAACUACGAUACGUUGGGAGGCUUUUUGUGAAGAGUACAAGCAAACCCUUAGAGAUCUUGGCGAAGUUAAAUGAAAUGGCCGGUUAUGAUUUAGAUCAGGAAAUCGACCUAUAUGAGGAAAUUAAGUUCGAGCCAAGUAUCAUGUGUGAACCUGUUGACAAGAAAGUUGCCUUUAAAAGUAGUCAGAUUGAAGAUGGAGAUAUCAUUUGCUUUCAGAAAUCUACUCCUAUUGACAAUGAUCACCAAUUCCAGUACCCGGACGUCCCUUCUUUUCUGGAAUACGUGCACAAUCGUCAAGUUGUUCAUUUUCGAUCUCUUGACAAACCCAAGGAGGACGAUUUCUGCUUGGAAAUGUCAAAACUCUAUACCUACGAUGAUGUAGUCGGAAAAGUAGCCCUACAACUCAGCUUGGAUGAUCCCUCUAAAAUCAGGCUCACAUCCCACAACUGUUACUCUCAGCAGCCCAAACCUCAGCCCAUAAAGUACCGUGGAGUGGAUCGUUUGUCUGAUAUGCUAAUCCACUACAAUCAGACUUCUGAUAUAUUAUACUAUGAAGUAUUGGAUAUUCCUCUUCCAGAACUUCAAGGCUUGAAAAUGCUAAAAGUAGCAUACCAUAGUCCCACCAAGGAUGAAAUGGUAAUUCAUUCAAUUAGGCUUCCAAAGCAAUGCUCUGUCGGAGAUGUACUGAACGAUCUCAGGACAAAGGUCGAGCUGUCCCAUCCUGAUGCUGAGCUUAGGUUGCUUGAAGUUUUCUAUCACAAGAUCUACAAGAUCUUUCCCCUCAGUGAAAAGAUUGAAAAUAUAAAUGAUCAGUACUGGACACUGCGAGCAGAAGAGGUUCCAGAAGAGGAGAAAAAUCUUGGUCCUCAAUCCCGUAUAAUCCACGUCUACCACUUCACAAAAGAGGCGAAUCCUAACCAGCAAGUGCAGAACUUCGGGGAACCUUUCUUCUUUGUCAUACACGAAGGUGAAACCUUGGCAGAAAUCAAGGAAAGAAUACAGAAGAGGCUGCAGGUUCCAGAUGAGGAGUUUGCUAAGUGGAAAUUCGCAUUCCUUUCAUUAGGUCGGCCAGAAUACCUUCAGGAUACUGAUGUUCUCUCGAACCGCUUUCAGCAGAGAAGAGAUGUCUAUGGUCCUUGGGAGCAGUAUCUUGGUUUGGAGCACCCCGACACUACUCCAAAAAGAGCCUAUCAAGCUAAUCAGAACCGCCACACAUUUGAAAAGCCAGUGAAGAUCUAUAACUGAGAUCACAGGGAAGGAGUCCUCCGAAAGUCUUGAUUUCUGAAUCUAAUAUUUAUACAGUGUGGGAGGACAAUGACAACCUGCCAUCCGAUCGUUGCAAGUUGACGUACGAGCUUUUUGCUGCUUAGGUGGAAUUUUCUCUUUAGGAGAUCGGUCCCCUGCGGGCUUUCAUGGAUCUCGUGUAAUUUUCGCACUGUAUAGACGAGAUUUUUUUCUUGACUGGUUUUGCAUCACACGGGUAUAUAGUUUGUCUUAUUCUUUUUUGUUUAUUGCGCAAGUUGUAUGUCUCAGCUUGCUGGCAUUUGUAGCAAACGGGAAAUAUAAUUUUGGUCUAUCAUUUAGUA